AUGACGCCCAAUGAUCUUGCCGAAGAGAUCAAUGAGCUUGCAUUUGGAUAUGUCCCGACUGGUUAUGUUUGGCGUACGGGACACCAGAGCCAUACUUUUUGUCCGGGGUGGUUGUACCUCGAGUUCGGAAAACCAAACUUCGGCCGUGCCAUCAAGUCAGAUGCGGCUUUGACACAAGAUGCGCUGGACCUUCUGGUACGUGCUGUUCAAAGGCUAGCGUCGGAACGGACACUUGCUCGACCACCUAGCGUGCAAUGCCAUGAGCCGCAAGCGUCACGACAUAGACCACAGUCGCAGGCCUUUGUCGACGCAGUAAAACAGGCACAAAUUUCAGGACUCACCGGGUCGAUUCAAGUGGAUUCGAUUGGACGCCGACAUAAUAUUUCUCUGCAAGUUGUCCGGAUGAAGCGAUGGGGACUGGCGUCGGUCGGAACAUGGAGUGCCUCCACCGGUCUCACCAUGGCCCAGACGGAGAAGAUCUUCCAGCAAGAAAUCUUGAGUGCACUGAAAAACAAAACUUUCAGGAUUACUGCAAUAUUGAAUGCGCCUUACGUUAUGGAAAAAGGGCCAUUAGAGAAGAUGGUGGGUAAUGAUCGCUUCGAGGGAUUCUGCGUGGAUCUGCUCCGAGAAAUGUCCCGGCUCUUGGGCUUUCACUACCAGUUGCGGCUUGUCAGAGAUGGCGCCUACGGCAGCCGAGACUCCCAUGGUCAAUGGAAUGGCAUGGUCCGUGAACUACUCGACAUGGAGGCUGACUUGGCGAUUGGCGACCUGACCAUCACCUACGCCCGCGAAGCAGUCAUUGAUUUCACCAUGCCUUUCAUGACUCUCGGAGUGGGUCUUCUGUACCGGAAACCCCAGCAUGACCACUCGCUGCUCUUCUUCCUGUCCCCACUGUCCACAGAUGUGUGGUUGUGCGUCGCGGCAGCUUAUGUAGUGGUCAGCUUGUUGCUCUGCUGCGUGGCUCGCGCGGGAGGGGCCCGCUGGAGAAGCAGCUACAUCUCAACAGGACAGUGCUGCUGGUCGUGCCAGGGAAGUCCUAUUUUGAGAACGGCUAAGAGCCAGUUCACUCUCCUAAACAGUCUAUGGUUCACCAUGAGUGCAAUCAUGAGACAAGGCUGCGACACUUCCCCGAGGUCAGCCUCCACAAGAAUUCUCGUUGCUGCUUGGUGGCUGUUUUCGUUCCUACUGGUAUCGUCAUACACCGCCAACCUGGCGUCCUUCUUGACUCGAGAAAGGCUCCGGUCACCAAUAGAAAGCGUCGAAGACUUGGCAAAGCAGACCGAGGUUCUGUAUGGCUGUGUCCGCUUUGGAUCUACACAGGCUUUCUUCAAGGAUUCCAAACAUGAGACAUACGAGAGGAUGUGGAAUGUCAUGAAAGACAACCUGGUAUCGUCCAACGCCGAGGGCGUUGAGCGGGUAGAGCGUGGAGGCUACGCCUUUCUGAUGGAAUCAACCAGCAUAGACUAUGUGGCUCAGCGUCGGUGCGAACUCACGCAGCUCAGAGGGCUUCUGGAUUCAAAGGGAUAUGGUAUUGCGAUGCCACAAG